AUGGGCAAGAUAGUUUUUUACGAGGACAAACAUUUUCAAGGUCGUAGUCAUGAGUGCAGCAAUGACUGCACAGACCUGCACAAUUACUUCAGUCGCUGCAACUCCAUCAGAGUAGAGAGUGGCUGUUUUAUGAUCUAUGAACGUCCAAAUUAUAUGGGCCACCAGUAUUUUAUGAAACGAGGCGAGUAUUCUGACCAUCAGAGAUGGAUGGGCUUCAGUAGCUCUAUUCGAUCCUGUCACCUGAUUCCAGUGUACAGUGGACCAUACAGACUGAGGAUCUAUGAGAAGGCUGACUAUGGAGGUCACAUGAUGGAAUUCACAGAUGAUUGUCCCUGUGUGUCUGAUCGUUUCCACCAUCGACAUGUGUACUCCUGUAACGUGAUGAAUGGCUACUGGAUCUUCUAUGAAUAUCCCAACUACAGAGGGAGACAGUACUUCCUGAAAUCUGGGGAUUACAGGAGAUACAGAGACUGGUCUGCUUCCUGUGCCAUUGUGGGCUCCUUCAGACGAGUCACUGAUUAUUAGCCAUUCUACUUGCACAUAUUUAUAUAAACUGUUCAUUUUCUGUUUAUAAGCAUAAGUGUUUAUAAACAUUUAGAUUGUUCACUUCUUGUACAUCAAACAAACAAGCCAACAGACA